AGAGAGAGAGAGAGAGGAGGCAGAGGACGGAGUAUGAAGGAGACGCAGAGUUUCUGUUUAUGAAAACUAUAAAACGGUAGUGAUGGGAAACACAGACAGUCACAGCGGCUUCGUCCCGCCUGCCAAAACCCCCGGCUCGCUCCUCGUCGCCUCAAAGAGGGAGGAGGUGCCGUCGGCUCGUAGCUGGUGGAGGAACAACCAGGGAGGAGGCAGGUCCAGGGGGAGGAGUUAUCAGAACCAGAACACCACCUGGCACUAUGACCACACCCCCAGAGACUUGGCGAGAGGAGGAGCUAAACUGGGAGCUGGAUCUCCUCAGAGGUUCAGGAGUCAGUUUGGAUUCUUGGAGAACGGAAGAGGAAGUAACAGAGUUUGUGGGGAGUGCACGUCCUCACAGAGCGGCGGCAGCGGCAGCCCGAAGGUGCUGCUCAGCAAAGAUGGCAGCAUGAGGGUGGAGUUUACCAAGACCAGGGUCGUCGCCAUGGAGACACAGGGACUCAACGGAUUGGCCGCCACCUCCUUGACUGCGACCCCAGUCGGUGACGCCUCGCUCCGCACCAGCAAGGGCAGUUCACUCAGCUCAGACGGCUCCUGGUACGACUCUCCGUGGGGGAGUGGCGGCGGCGGUGAGCUCGCUGACAACGUAUUCAUGAGUGCGGUGAACAGCAGCGGAUACACGGCCUUCUCUUCCGCACCUGCAGAGGAGAAAGCCACCUCUAACGGCAGGUUUAACACCUUUUUCUCAGCACCCAGAUUUACCUCGAGUCUCCUCUUCCCCGCCGCUGAGACGAGCGAGUUCCCCUCCUCCUCUACGGGAUACAACACCUGCUCCUCCGGACGGACGGAGGACAGCGGCAUCGGGGACUCUGUGAUCCUGCAGCCUGACCUGACGGACUUCAGCGUGGACGACAUUUACUCCAGCCACAACACGCUGCCCACUUUCCCCACCCAACCUGACGUCUCCCUGCAGCAGCAAAGGACCGCCUCCUCCUCAUCGGUGCUGCUAGAUGAUGUCAUCCAGGAGGAGGAGAGGUCAGGAGGAGAAGGCGUGGAGAAGUGUUACUCCUCCAUGACACUUCCCUGUCGUAGGACCGCCCCCCUCAGCACCUCCGCCGCCUCCGUCACCUCCGGGAACGGCCGCAAAGACUUCCUGAAGAGUCGAAUCAGGCAACUCAGCGACUGGACAGGAAGUCUGAGCAGGAAGAAGAGGAGGAUCCAGGAGCCGUACGGCAGUGACAACGGUGAUGUUUUCACAAGCGGGCUGGCCUCUGGGCUGGGAGGUAGCAGCACCCUGUGGUCCUGCAACCCUCUCCACUCUCUGAACCAAAACCAGAACCAGUUCCCACCAGUUCACUCCUCCAGAAGCCAGAUCCAGAGCAGUGACGCCCAGCGGCAGAACGUCUACCAAAACUUCAUGCAGGAGCUGGAGACAGGCUGCAGCAGCGCCGCUGACCGGACCGAGCCGUCAGAGGGGGAGGGGGAGGGGGAGGAGGAAGAGGAAGAAGAGGGGGAGGAGGAGAUGGACGGGGAGGUGGAGGUCGGAGGGGGGGAGCAGCUGGAAGUCCUGUUUGAGAAGGAGCAGGGCGUGGUGAGACGGGCCGGAUGGCUCUCUUUUAAAGCUCUCGUUGCCGUCAACAAGGACAGGAAGCUGGAGCUGGUAGCUCGCCGCAAGUGGAGACACUACUGGGUCACUCUAAAAGGUUGCACUCUUCUGUUUUAUGACACGUACGGGAAAACCCUCAGCGCUGACCGGGAGCUGUCUCCUCGAUACGCUCUGCUGGCCGACGACAGCAUCGUCCAGGCCGCCCCCGAACACCCGAAGAAGGAACAUGUCUUCUGUCUGAGCAACGCACACGGAGACGUCUACCUUUUCCAGGCCACCAACCAGACCGACCUGGAGAACUGGGUGACGGCGAUCCACUCGGCGAGCGCCUCCUUGCUGGCGAAGCGUCAGGGAAAGGAGGACACGCUGCGUCUCCUGCGCUGCCAGAGCCGCUCGCUGCUGCACAAGAUCGACAUGGACGGGAAGAUGAAGAAGAUGGCCGAGCUGCAGCUGUCCGUCAUCAAGGAGCAGAAGAACAGGAAGGCCGUGGAGAGCCAGAUCCAGCAGUGGGAGCAGAACCUUGAGAAGCUGAACCUGGAUCUGUUCCGGUUGAGGUGUUACCUGUCCAGCCUGCAGGGUGGCGAGCUCCCCAACCCCAAGAGCCUCCUCGCCGUGGCCAGCCGGCCCUCCAAGAGCAUGCUGGGACGUCUGGGAGUAUUCUCUGUGUCGUCAUUCCACGCCCUGGUGUGCAGUCGAGAUGAGGAGGUGUUGAGGAGGAGGUGGAGGUCUCUGUCAGGAGGAGGCAGCAGGAGGCGGGGCCUGCCGUCCUCUCUGAAGGUUCUGGAUGGAACGAACAGACGCAGCAGAGACAGCAGACACUCCACGUCCCAG